GAAUGAAAACGAAAAAUUUGCAAAAUAGAAUCAGUAGUUCCGUAAAUAUUGUUAAAACUUGCCAUUGUUACGCUUUACAAAAAAAUAACAAAGAUAGACGAUAGUAAAUGGCAAUUGGUAACAAGGAACUCACUUGGUUGAGGAUUCAGUUGGGACAAAUCCAAAUGGAAAAAAGGAAUAAUAUGGAACUUUGGAGGAGGAAGGGAAGAGGAUUCGUAUAGAUACAAUAGGCGAGCCUGCCUACAGUCAUAUGCAUCUGGCUGCUCUCCCUUUAUACUUCCGCCUAGUGUCAUGCAAAGGGUUAGAGGAGAACUAACGCAUGCGCACGUUUAACCAUACAAGUACGCAGUCGACAACGAACCCUCGAAAUCUUCAUAAAGGAACGCUGUAUCAGAGCUGACGGGGGAAAAGGUAAGCGUGAUGGGAGAGCUGGUUGGCAGGUUAAACGAGCGUCAUUCCUACGAAGAGUAAACGAGUGGUAAAAAGUGGGGGAAAAAGAGGGAAACCGCAAGCGUCCCGGAGUGGGGAGCGAAGCCCGCCGUCGGCUCCCGCUGCUCCAUGCUCGCCAGCCCGCGUCCGCGGGCGCGCGCGUGCGCCCUUACAAGAUACAACGAAUCUGAACCUCUGACGUUGAGCCGCGCUCAACAGUCCGGUAAGAAUUCACGCUGUUGUUUGUCCUGUUGCGCGGUUUCAUUGUGGUGGCGCCGCUAUACUGGCGGCUGAAUAUAACACGUACUAAUAAUAAAAUUGAGAUAGAAUAAGUUAAAGGCGUCCGGUGGCAGUAAAAACGUCGAUUUCACCAUCGUUAAACGGUCGCCGCGUCAAUGUAUCGUACAAAGGAAUACGCUGUGGUCAUGUUAUAACAUUGUCAGCCAUAUUUGAUCAUAUGCAAAAAAAAAAAAAAAUAAGAGGAAUGUUAAUAUCCUCCAAACGAUAAGAAAUCUUCAUCGCAUCGUUUGUUUAUGUCGUUAUUUACGGAUCUUUCUCUCCUGUUGAUCGAUGUGAAAAACCAAGAAAGAGAAGAUCAGAAAGAUGAUCUCCUUGGUGCGAAUGGAUGAUCUUUGAUCACUGUAGUGCGGUGAAGAAAGAAAAGAAAAGAAAAGAAUACAAAAAGAGAUCGAAAAGAUUUGGCGCGUAGUCACUUUGACUCACGUUGGAAAUUUAUCCAGCGCGCGUAUUUAAUUGGCCCCAUUUCUCCUGAAUAUUGGGUACGAAUUCGUUACAUCGAUGUAAAAUCUAUUUGUUCGUAUGGCCUCUUAAAUGUCGAAUAAUUGUCAUUAUUGUGUUUUGAAUUAUCUAUAUGUGAUUAUCAACGAUAAAGAUUAUAAUUAUUUUUAUACUUGAGGUUCGAAAGAUUCGAUGAAUACAAGCCAUUUUUUCGAAUGUUUCGUUUUGUUAUUGUACGAUGUACAAUAGUGUUCGCAUGCGAGUUUCCAGAUGAACUUAUGUUGUUAACUUUAUGAAAAUUUUCAUUGUUGGCAACAAUGCCUAUUGGAAAUGAAUGAUCCAUUAGAAAACCAUAUUAGAAAAUUUGGAUUGUCCAAAAAGGAUACAAUUUAUCACGAUAAUGAUGUGGAUUUUCUACAGACAUUUGGUGAACAAAUAGAUAAACAAAGCCCACCGUAUGAUUUAUCCAGACAAUUGUUCCAAUGUGAAAUUUGUAAAGUACAAUAUACAACGAAGAAACAAUUACGAACACAUAUUUUCACUCAUUUAGGAAGGCCUCGUGUAAUACUUAAGAGAGUUACUAAUUUAGAAACAUUGAACAGAAAUUACAACGAUACGUAUUGGUUGACUUCAGAAAAUAGUCAAUCUCUCAAAUUAAAACUUAAGAAAACAACAUAUACUGAUCCUCUUAAAUUAACACUUAAGAAAUCAUCGGUGUCUGAGAAUUUUAUUGUUGUCAAUACUAAUCAUAAUUUGAACAUAGGUAAUUACUCUACAGAAGACGUGGCAGGUGCAGAGGAUAAAAAUGAACAAACAGAUACAGAAGAUACAGAAAAUUCAACUGAAGAAACAUUCGAAAACGUGAUGGUAGAUCAAGAUGAUGAUUAUGAGAAAUUUGAAACUGAUAAUGAUAAUGCUUUGGAAGGAAACGAAAGACGAUCCUUAGAUAUCAAUGAAGUUGAUUCUGGAGUAGGGAGUGAUAUGGCAAAUAUAUCUGAAAAGGAAGAUCAAAACAUUGAUGAUUUACAUGGGACAGAUCAUUAUGAUAAUUCAGGAAAAAGGUAUUUAGAAUCAGAUGAUCAUGAAGAAUCUGAUGCCUUAGAAGCAACAUGCAGAGAAACUAUAGAAAAUCUAAAGAUGUUGGGAGAACAAUCAGGUUCUAGAACUGUGAAUCAUUUAAUUAUUUCUUCUGUUAAUGAAGAUGAUGAUACGGCAAAUGAAGUAGAUAUGAUACAUGAUCUUGAAGAAAAUCCAGCCAUAAGCAUUAUUUCUAAGUCUUCCACAUUUUCUAAUCAUUCUGUAUCUGAAGAUGAUCCAAAACAAUCUACAGAGACAUCAACUGGGUUUAAUUGGAAUCAAUCGUCUACUGAUUUAACGCAUAAAGAUAAAGUUAAUUUAAAGGAGAAUGAGGCACAAGGAGAAAAUUCAAAUGAAAACAAUAUUGAAAGUUCUACUUCACUUUUGCAAAAUUUUUUAAUUGAACACCAAAGACGCAAUCAAAGUGAAUCGAUAUCAAGUAGUCUACCGCCUGUUGAAACUGAAUAUGUUUCUCUAGAGAAAUUAGCAGAAACUGUUAAUACAUGUCGUGUUUGCAAUGAAAAGUUUAAGGAUAUAGCACAUCUUGAUGAGCAUCGUAGUAAAGCUGGUCAUUAUCAUUGCAAUAUUCCAGAUUGUGCCAAUCUUAUUUUCCAUUCGCCAGUAGAAGUUUCAAUGCACAAGUCUCAAGUGCAUGGAACGUCACUUUCUCCAAAUGUUAGUCAAUUAUCACCACACUUAAAUACGAAUUCUCCUCAUUUAAAUCAAAAUUCACCAUACUUAUGCCGAACAUCUCCACAGUUGAAUUCGCAUUCGCCACAUGCUCCGUCUAUGGAAUCUCCAUCGCAACUUAAUACAAAUUCUCCAUUGACAUCUCCUCAUCAAACAAAUUCUCCAACAUAUACUACAGCCAAUACAGGCCAACAAAUAAUACCACCAGUUAAUUUUGAACAAUUGCCAGCACCUGUACAGCAACUAGCUCAACAAGUGCAACGUAUGCCUCUUCCACAAACACAAUUACCUCCAAGUCUUCCACCAGGAGCUAAUACUAUGAUACCAGGACCAAAUUAUUUUGUACAGCCACCAGGAAGACCAUCAUUAUAUAGAGUUCCUGGUCCGCAGAGUAUGCAUUACCCUUCUCAUUUAUCUCAUUUAUAUCCACAAUAUGGACCUGGUCCAUAUCCGCAGAUGACACCGGCACAAAUGCAUCCCCAACUUCCUCAACCAAUAUCACGCGGACGAUAUCCGUCGGCUACACAAAACACUAGGGCACCACGCAUACCUCAAAGUGGUGUAGUUCCUCGUCAACGUUUAAAAAGACCAAUGCAACAAACAAUGCAAGUACAGCAACAACAACAACAACAAAAUAAUUCUCCUUUAAAACAAAGAAAGAUGGAUGUUUUAAUGCCAGAUAGAAAUGAAGAUGCAGAUUGUCAUGUUAUUGCACAACAGAAAAGAAAUGAUGGAUUACCUGUAAUACAAAAUGUUCAAGGAGCUACGACACAGUCAACAAAUAGAAAUGAUUCAACAAUACAUCUUACGGAUUCAAUAACUCUUAGUGUUAGACAACCUGGUUCUACCUCAGCUCAACUUCAAAAUACAACAAAUCCUGGUAAUAAGAAGUCUGAUGCAAAGGCCGUAGCAAAUGUAUUAGCAGCUAGAGGUAUUACAGUUACACCAGCCGCAAAUAAAAAUAAAACAGGUGAACAAAAUAAACACCAAUCAUCAGUACAACAACAAAGGCCUACUUCUAAUCAACCAUCUUUAAAUGUCCCAUCUCUUAAUUUAAAUUCAGCUAUUUCUAUUGUACCAGCAAAUUCACAAAGAAAGCAGCAAGAACAAGGUCAAUUUGCUGUUCCUCAAAAUAAGCAAAAUAAAUCACCAAUAAAUGAUGCAGAUCGGCCACCUAGACCACCUACUGUAGAUUUAACGCAAGAUAAUCCACCUCAAGUACCAGCUAUACGACGAGGAAGGCCUCCAAGAGCAACAUCACUUUAUUGUCAAAUGUGUGAUAAAAAUUUCCAAAAUCAAGAAAUGUUAUCACAGCAUUUAGCAAAUCAUCGAUUAUUAAAUAAACUUAAUCACAAGUGUAAUUUAUGUACUGCUCAAUAUCCAUCAGCUCAUGCACUAAUUUCGCACAAACAAACUUAUCACCGGGAACCUGAUCCUACGUCACCAAAUGGAAAUAUAGAAUUGGCUAUUCCAGUCGUAGAUUUAAAAUCUUCACACGUUUUGAAUCGCUUAACAAAUUUGGGGAUUCAAAGUUAUAUACCAUUAUCACAAUUAAGUGCUCAAACAGGAGGAUAUUUUGGUUUACCACUAAUAACUAUAGAUGGUGCUAGAAAUCCUAAUACAUGUAAUUUAGGCGCACUUGGUGCUACAUCGGUACUGAGUAUUGGUCCUCUCAAACAUUUGACUAAUACUAAUACGUCAUAACUGAAAAAAAAUUCUUUGGUGAUCAUACUAUGCAGGAUCUUUUAUUUUUAUUUUUUUCAAGUUUUUCACAAUCAUUAUUUUUUAACUUGGAUAAUUCAUAUGUUAUAUUGUUCUUUCCAUGACUUGUUUUUUUCUAAUCUUUCGUUUUUUUUUUUUUUUAAUUUUAAUUUUUUCUUUAGAAAUAUAUAUCUCAUGAUUUAGAUUUAUUUAUAUAAAUCUGAACAUUGAUACAAUUAAAUGGAUAAUAUUUUGUCAUUAUUUGUUUAUUUUUAAGGGGAUGAACAUUUUCAGAAUUAUCAAUUCACUUUUCAGAAGUAUAAAUUUAAUUUGUAUAAUUUUAGAAUAACACAACAGUAUUCUUAAAUCCUAAAAGUUAGGAAAACUUCUCAAUAUGUUUACAAUAACUCUGAAUGGUCCGUGAAAACUAUAAUCAAUAAAAAUAAAUUAUGUACUGUGUAUUCACAUAUUCUCCACUAAUAUAACAGUAAAUGGUGUAUUUCAUGUGUAAAUUUAUCAAUGUAAUGUAUUUUUUUGAAAAAAAAGGGAGAGUUCAGUAAAAUUUAUUAACAGGCAUUUUCACAUGGAAAAUUGUUCUCUUAAGAAGGUGCACUAAUAAAUAUUGAAAAUAUU